AGUCGGUCGUUGGUCGUUGAGGGCGGAGGUGUCUGCGUCGGCGUCUCAUCAUGCGUGAGUGUAUCUCCAUCCAUGUUGGACAGGCAGGGGUUCAGAUUGGCAAUGCCUGCUGGGAAUUGUAUUGUCUCGAGCAUGGAAUUCAGCCUGAUGGUCAGAUGCCAAGUGAUAAAACCAUCGGCGGUGGGGAUGAUUCCUUUAACACGUUCUUCAGUGAGACCGGGGCGGGCAAGCACGUGCCCAGAGCUGUGUUUGUGGACCUGGAGCCAACUGUAGUUGAUGAAGUCCGUACGGGCACGUACAGGCAGCUCUUCCAUCCUGAGCAGCUGAUAACUGGAAAGGAGGAUGCGGCCAACAAUUACGCCCGAGGCCACUAUACCAUCGGCAAGGAGAUUGUUGAUCUGGUCCUCGAUCGGAUUCGCAAACUGGCAGAUCUGUGCACUGGGCUGCAGGGUUUCCUCAUCUUCCAUAGCUUUGGGGGAGGUACCGGCUCUGGCUUCGCCUCUCUGCUCAUGGAGAGGCUCUCUGUUGACUACGGCAAGAAGUCCAAGCUUGAAUUUGCCAUUUACCCAGCCCCUCAGGUUUCCACGGCAGUCGUGGAGCCCUACAACUCCAUCCUCACCACUCAUACGACCCUGGAACACUCCGACUGUGCCUUCAUGGUCGACAACGAAGCCAUAUAUGACAUAUGUCGGCGUAACCUCGAUAUUGAACGGCCUACAUACACCAACCUGAAUCGUCUGAUCGGGCAGAUUGUCUCCUCUAUCACGGCUUCCUUGCGCUUCGAUGGGGCACUGAAUGUCGACCUGACAGAAUUCCAGACCAACCUAGUGCCCUAUCCUCGUAUCCACUUCCCCCUGGCUACCUACGCUCCUGUCAUAUCCGCUGAGAAGGCGUAUCAUGAGCAGCUGUCUGUGGCAGAGAUCACCAACGCCUGCUUCGAGCCUGCCAACCAGAUGGUCAAGUGUGACCCCCGCCAUGGCAAGUACAUGGCCUGCUGUAUGUUGUACCGAGGGGACGUGGUCCCCAAAGACGUGAACGCUGCGAUCGCCACCAUCAAGACAAAGCGUACAAUUCAGUUUGUGGAUUGGUGCCCCACUGGAUUCAAGGUGGGCAUCAACUACCAGCCUCCCACCGUAGUGCCUGGCGGUGACCUGGCCAAGGUGCAGCGGGCCGUGUGCAUGCUGAGUAACACCACAGCGAUCGCAGAAGCGUGGGCACGGCUGGACCACAAGUUUGACCUGAUGUACGCCAAGCGGGCCUUUGUCCACUGGUACGUGGGGGAAGGCAUGGAGGAAGGAGAGUUCUCGGAGGCCCGAGAGGAUCUGGCAGCUCUGGAGAAAGAUUAUGAGGAGGUGGGCGUCGACUCAGUGGAGGCAGAGGCUGAGGAAGGGGAAGAGUACUAGGGUGCAAGCCCGCCCCCUACAGUAUACCUGGUUACAUAAUUUGUUUAUGAAUAAAUGUUUCCCUUUUAAAGCAGAGUUUGGCCUUUUCUCUUUAGUCUCACAAAACUUCGUGUAUAGAUUUAGCUUGGCUGGGGUCCAAGGGGCAGUCUUCAAUUCCCCUCUCUUCCUUGGUGCAAAAUCCUCUCCAGACACUUCCAGUAAGAAUCUGGAGUGACUGAGGCAGCCCAUUGCAUUAUAGACAGCUCGGUGUAAAGGAGAAGCAAAUGUCUAGGCAAGCAGAGUCACAGAGCUGGAAAGGAUCUCUUGUCCAACCCAUACUAAAUAAAUCAUCCCUCCAGCAUCCUCAUAAUGAUCAGCCUCUUCUCGAGGAUGAACUUCACUUCUGGCCCACCAUCAUUAGGAAGUGUUUCCUGACUUCCAGCCUAAAUUACUCGUGGCAUCUUCCCCCCAUUGCUCCUGGUUCUGCACUCAGACCAAGCUGAACAAGGCUCAUCUUUCAUGCAAAUGAUGGCCCUUGUGUCCCCUUGGGCUGUCCUUCUCUGGGCCAAGUAAGGCUUUCCCCUAGAAUUUUGACUCAGAGAAAAUAACUUAGCCUUCCACAUUGACUGUGAUAGAAUCCAGAGUAAUAAUAGCUUGAAGCGCUCUUUACAUUGAUCAGUGUUUCAGCCAAAUUAAUUCCUGUAGCCCUUAGCAACUCCCUGAGGCAGACAUCUAGGACACAGGUAAUAGAGGAGUUGGGAGCUUGCCACUCCAUGCACCUACCUGCGAAGGCGACUUCAGAUGAAGGUGGAGGGUGGCCACCUGGUAGAAAUGUUAUGUCUUGGGUACCUGUUGGGAGCAUCCACGAGGUAAUGUAGAUGAGAGUGGUUUCUUUUUCAAUAGAUUUUUAUUGAUUUUUUUUGUCUUUUUAACACCUACAUUUCCCUCUGCUCCCUUCUUCCCCCUUCCCAGAAAGCCAUCACUAAAAUAGCAAUUUCUAAAUUGUCCAGCCGAUCAACACAUGAAAGAAGUCUGCCAUGAUAUAUCGUAUUCCACACCUGUGGACCCCCACUUCAGCAAAUGAAAUGGGGAGUGGAGUUUUUCUCAUGUCAUUUUAGGGCCAUCUUUGGUCACUAUCAUUUCUCAAUAUUGAGUUUCGGGGGUUUUUUUGUUCCAUUUACAUUUUAAUGUAUAUUGUUUGUGUAGUUCUGCAUGUUUCAUUUCACAUCAGUUCAUAUCCUUUCUAGGCUUCUUUGUAUUCAUCCUUUUGGUCUGACAGCACAAUACUCCAUUAAAUUUGUGUAUUACAAUUUCAUCCUUCAAACCAUGCAUAUCUAAUGCUGCUAAAAUAUGUUUGGUAAUUUUUGUCAGUGACAUCCUUGGUGGUUAUUAUAUGUCCAGCAGUGAAAUCUCUGGAUUAAAUCCAAUUUUGGUCAUUUUAUUUCUGUAAUCCCAAAUUGCCUUUCACCAUAGUUAUACCAGUUCACAGCUCUACCAAGUGUCCCUCUGUAGCCCCUCCAACAUUCACUUCCUAAAGAUGUCUUCUUAUAUGGACUGUUAACAAGAUUUUCAAUUGAAAAAGAAAACAGAAUUUAAUGAAUAAUUAAAGUGCCACUUACUAAGAAUAAAAGGUUUUUGUAACUU